GAAGAAGAGCUGGCUGGCUUGUACCCGGAAGAAGGAACAGGAUUUGAGUUGUCAAAUCCUUCAACCUGUCGAGUGGGAUUUGUCAUCGCGGAUUGUGACGUGUUGAGCUCGAAGCGGACACACACUGGGACACGCUGGACGGUGUGUGUUUUCUCUGGUGACACGAUGAAGACGCUUUUCCUGCUCCUCACGAUAUCUCUGUGUUUCUGCUCUGUCUCAGAGGCUCAAGCACAAGAAGUUGUGGUUCCUGCUUCAAAAAAAAUAGAACAAAUCCCUCCUGUUCAGGCAAACAGCACCGGCAAUCUAGCCAAGGCGGGGAAACCUGAAGAGAGGUCUGAAAAUAAAAGUCAGGCCCUGACCAAAAUACCAGAUGAUGUAACCAAGAAAAACCUGUCUGAUACAACGACAAAAAGUCAGGAUAGCGAUGGCCCAACGACAACGGUUCAGAAGCAAGUGCCUGUUUUGACAAAGCACACCGAGAUGGUAGAGCAAAAACCGGAUGUCAAGAAGAAAGAUUCAACUGAGGAAAAACCAGAAGUAAAAGUAGCCGAGAGUAAUCCAGGAGAAGGAACUGAGAAAAUAACAGAUGAAGAAGCAACUGACAAAAAACCACAAGAUGAGAUCAAGAAGGAAGGUCCAGACGGAGAAGAAGAUGGAAAUGAUGGAAAAACAAAAGAUAGACUUCAGCUUAAUUUACCUGGAAUGGGGGAGGAGACAGAGAGCAGUCAUUUCUUUGCCUACCUUGUCUCUACAGCUGUACUGGUGGCAGUGCUUUACAUCACCUACCACAACAAGCGCAAGAUUAUCGCCUUUCUUCUGGAGGGAAAGAAAUCCAGAUCCACUCGUCGACAUAAUUCAACAGAAUACCACAAGCUGGAGCAGGAGCUGUGACCUGAAGUCAAUCUUAUGAAGCUAUUACCUGGAGCAGCUGUUUGCACUAUGGGUUUUGUGAGAAGUGGGCGAGCGGACAUCGGCGUUAGAUAUUUUCUUGGAUGUUCUCCACGUCGAUUUCAACUUGUGUUAAUUGCUCUAUUUUGUAUGUUUUUUUUUUUUAGAUGCUCAUUGCAUGACUAUGCAGAUUACACUGUUGCCUUAUUGAGGGACUUAGUAAGUGAAGGUUUAAAAAAAAAAUAAAAAGCAUGUUCUUUUUGCACUUGCGUCGCUAUUCCACUUUUGAGGCAAUCAUAUAAUUUGACCGGACUCAGGUUAUUUCUGUAGCAGAUAAAAAAUGAGCUGUUUGGAAUCCAGCCUUCUUUGUAUAGUACAUUAGUGAUGCACUGUGUACGUAAAUAAGCCAUUUGAAUAGUUGUAAAGUAUCAGGUGUGUAAACUUUCUGUGCAGAUGUUUUAGUUGUCUCUUAGAUAAAAUGUAUUGAGGUUCACUUUAGAUGUACAGAAGUACCACAAUAGGAUUUCGGCUCAUGGUGUUGGCCAGUUGAAUGUUAUAGCAACCUUUAUUUUCAGAUGUUUGCAGUUUUCUUCCACUUCAGCUUCUUAAAGGCUGAUUUGCAAACAUGCUGACAGAUAAAGAUAGAAAAAAAUAGCUUAUCUUUAAAAAAAAAGGUUUUCUAUUUUUCCUACAGGAGGAUGAAGGGAUCAACACCUCUCUCAUAGCUUCCUGGUACAUAUAGCUCUAAUACAGCUAAGCUAGGCAUAAAGACUGCAUUUCUAUGAGAGAAGGUAACUAAAUCUACCCUCAAGCUCACUUGGUUUGUUUACUCCAAACCAAAAGUUAUGUGUUAAGGGUUGCAUGGUUGCAGUUUUGCAAGGUUCCUUGUGUCAAGACCAAUUGAGCGGUAGGGGGAUUUGUGUUAAGGUAAGCUAGCCCUCUGCUAGUUGGAGCUUCAUCUUUAGUGAACAGGCUGUUAUCAAUGUUCUCAUCUCAAUCUUCAAGCAAAAUUUUCAAACAUGUUGAGCCGGUGGAUUUAAAUGCAGGGAAGGAACUUAAGUUUUAACUGCUGUCAGGGUGGUGGGUUAUAAUCAAAACGGUGAACUGGAAGAGGACACUGGCAAACAGCUGCAUUGUUUUGUCCGUUGUGGACUUUGGACACGGUCUCUGCGGAUAAAUCGAUUGACCACUAAUGCAUUAUAUUUAAACUCUCCUCUUGAGAAGAUGUGUGUGUUGAUGUUUAAAGCUGACUUGUGCCAAAUUAUGAUUUAAUGUGAAUCAGUGUGUGACUUUUGUAAUGUGCCUGUUUCUUAAUUUAAUGCUGUUUUUUUUUUUUUUUACUGGGUCAUAAUCUAUUGGAGGGCUGCUGUGUUGAAAGGAUAUGUUGUCAGUUUUAUCUUAGCAGAAUCAAAGUAUGUCCCAGAAAUAUAUUUUUAUUGUGAAAUCUGCAAAGCUGUAGUUUGAAUAGUCAUUCGUCGUUACAGUUUGGCCAAAACCUCAAAUGUUUAAUGACCUUAUACAGCUAAAUCGCUUAAGCAUAAGGUUUAUUGGAUUUUUGUUCAAAAAUGGCUCUCUAUAAAAACACUGUCCUUCAAAUUUUUCAUUGCUCAUCCAACUAACAAGACUAUUGCCUCUAAAAUAAAUGCUAUUUGUACUUUCGGGUGA